AGCCAUAGACUCUGUGGUUUAGACCACAGCACCACCCACGUCCCUGUUUCAGCAUUAGCUUCAUAUUAAUUGUAUUAACACAGUUAAAUUAUCAAAGCCAUGGAUUUGUAGGAUUCUAGAUCAUUUGUUCACUUGCAAAAUCAACCCUCUGCCUCCUUAGCCAGCACCUGCUGUUGAUGUGAUGUCCAUUUGUGCUGUGGUGCAUUAACUCAUUCAUUGCAGAUGAUAAAGUUCUUGCUCCCCAAUUUCUCAGGAAAUAGAGGGCUUCUUUUUGAAGUUUGGGAUGGAUCAGACACAGAUUUUACUGAAGCAGCUCCUGGGUACCGCCGGCAGUUUGUCCCUAAUGCCAGUUCUCCAUUAGAUUUCCAGUUUGGGAGGCAACAGACAUUCAGGGCACGACUAUGUGGUUUUUUUGUGGCACCACAGACAAAUAAUUACACAUUCUGGAUCCAGGCAGAUGACAAGGCUUCUUUGUAUUUAAGCUUGUCCGAAGAACCCCAAAGCAAGGUGGAAAUUGCAUCCAUUCCUGCUGGCAUUCCUGAAUGGUCAGCGCAUUGGGAGGAGAACUGGAGCCACCCCUGGAAGCCAAAAUCUGAGAAAUUUGAGCUUACUGGUGGUUCAGUGUACUAUUUGGAAGCUGUGCAUCAUGGGAAGUCACCAAAGAAUGGAAUGAGAGUUGGAGUCCAGAUUCACAAUACUUGGCUGAAUCCCAGUGUGGUUAAUACCUAUCGCAGAGAGAAGCACAAAAUACAUGCCUGUGCAGUUAGGCUUCCUGAAAUACAGAUGCUGAUAAUAUCUGGUACAGGAUGGUUCAGACUUGCCUGGGACAAUGUCACCACCAACCUUAUGUCAACAAAUAUUACAGCUGAACAACUCCAGAGAGAGCUAGAGGAUCUUUUUUCUUUAAAAUGGGAAACACAGCCAUCAUCUGCCAAAAUUAUUCAGCGGGGAGGAUUUGAGCAAGUUUUUCAAAGAGAGGCAAAGCCAGUUUGUCCUCAUGGGAAUCUUCUGGAAUCCGUGUCAGUGGUCGGUGCUUCACCCGUGUAUAACGUGUCCUUCUUAAUGGCAGACUAUUGCAAGACUCUCCCUCUUUUCUCGUUGAGAGGAGCUGUGCCUUGGGAAGGAUCAGGAGGGAACGUGGGUGAGGCCCAAAUCAAUCUGACGGUACAAAGAGUGCAGGCUGCAAGCCCACCUCUUGGAGGAACCUUUCAAAUCCAUCUGCCCAAUAUUGUGAUACCAGGCAUUCCAGUAUCCAUCUCUGCCCAUCACCUCCGCAAGCUCUUGCAAGCCUACAGUGAUAAUUUCACAGCUCAGUAUGUGAAUGCCAGUGACUUUUCGGUAUCUAAGGACGCAAGCAAUUGUUAUCAAAGUAUAUGGACACUGACCUGGACCUCAAUGAUUGGUGAUUUACCCAAUUUCAUCAGUGUGUCUGCUGAAAACCUCACUGGUUUGCGCCCAGCUAUUACACACCGUGUAGUAUUUGAUGGUGGUGUUUUUAUUGGUCCAAUAUUUGGAGACAUGCUUGCUACCCCAAAUAACUUUACACAGGUUGUGGUUACAGUGAAUGAUAUUCCAGCAAACUGUUCCGGUUCAUGUACAUUUCAAUAUCUCUGGGAAUUGACCCCUUUGGUCAGUAAUGUUGAAUACUUUAUAGAUGAUGGAGUUCAUAUAGUCAUUAAUAUCACAGGUUCUGGCCUGAGUUCAAGUAGUAGUUCUCUGAUCAUUGAAGUGAACCACACACGCUGUGAAGUCCUGAGUUCAAAUCACACUAAUGCUGUUUGCCAGAUGAACUUGUUGCCGGUUGGCUUGUAUAAGCUGACAGUACUGGUGAGACCCCAUGGAUUUGCAGUCAAUGCCAGUAGAAAAGGUGACAUCUUCCUGAGGAUUACACCUAGAUUGACUUCUGUUGAACCUUCUACCGCUUCAGAGAUUGGAGGGAUUCCAGUAAUCAUCACGGGUUCAGGCUUUGAUGGGAUAAUCUUGGUGCAAUUUGGUUCCCAACCCUGUCCAAUUAAUGCCAAUACCAGCAAUUCAAUGAAAAUUGAAUGCAGGCUUCCUCCUCGGAGUGGAAGAGACUAUACUGCCCAUCUCACGCUGGUUAAUGAACACGGGCCUGUGGUCUUUGCCAAUGCAUUCACAUAUGAUCCAUCACUAAAUCCACUCAUUUUGUCACUGAGCAGAAACAGAAGCAGCACAGCAGGGGGUCAGGUGCUCCACAUAGGAAUAUCAUCCCUCACCAAUUAUACCUGUCUGGACGUGCAGUUCAGAAUUCAGGAGUCUGUGGGACAAAUCCAAGCGCUAUCAGAUCACGGAAUCAGUGUGGUACUGCCUUCUCUGACAAAUGGAUUAUACAGCUUUUCUGUCGUUUUCAAUAACGUCUCACUAGGCACUAGCGGAGUGGAGCCAUUAAUCCAGUAUGUCACAGAGAUCUUCAAAAUGGAGCCAUGUUGUGGUUCCUUGCUGGGUGGGACAUUGCUCACAAUCUCUGGAACAGGCUUUGGCAACAGCCCAGACUUGGUCUCAGUCUUGGUAGACUCACAGCUUUGUCGCGUUACCAGCGUGAACGAUGGGAGGAUUUUGUGUCAGACUCCACCUGUCACUCAGCUGGCCAAUGCCACCUUAGAAGACUUUCCAGCGCAAGUGGAGGUGCUCAUAGGCAACAGGACAUCUGUGGACACACCUGCCUUGAGUUUCUCAAAGGAGAACAUUAACUUUCUUUACAAAAUGUCUUUGACUCCAGAUAUUACAGAUAUGAGAGUAGAAAUGCUGAAUGAUAGUGUACGGCUUAGCAUAAAAGGGACCAAUGUGACUAUUUCAGUGGCUAUGCUGGGAGAUGAGGAAUGCCAGCUUGAGGUGGUGAACGCCAACCACUCUGCAGUCGGCUUUCAGUGCUCUGUACCCCUAAGCGCACUAGAACCCGGACAGUAUCCUUUAAGAAUUCUCCAGAAGCAGGCGGGCUAUGCCAACAUACCAGCAGAGAUGCAGCAUAUAACAGUUCGCCCCCUGAUAAAGAUGAUUUUCCCCAUCUCGUGGCUCCAUAUGUGGGGGGCAGUUGCUCACCAUAUCUGGCGUUUCUUUAAAAUCACGGACAAAUUCAGCUUGGGUGAAUCUAACAGGCAACUUCACCUGUGAGAUCCAGAGUUCAAACGACAGCCU